AUGGCAUCCUCGGCGAUCCAUAUGUCCCAUCUUGGCGGUCGCGCCUUCAACCACAGCUCCAGCCAGGACUCAGAGGCCGAGUACGACCGUCUGCGUGAUCUUGCGCGGGCUGAGGCGGACAAGAAGAAAUCAUGCUUCGACAGGGCCCAUGAAGCGUAUGAGCGCGGCGAUGGAGCCGGAGCUAAGGAGCUAUCCGAUGAGGGCAAGCGGCAUCAACAGAAGCAGGCCGACUACAACAAGCAAGCGUCUGAGUACAUCUUCCGAGAGAACAACGCUCCCGGCCGCGUGGCGGAGGACACCAUUGACCUGCACGGGCAGUUCGUUGAGGAGGCCGAGGAUAUCCUCGAGGAGCGCAUCCGCUACGCCCAGUCGACCGGCCAAUCGCACCUACACGUCAUCGUCGGCAAGGGGAACCAUUCCACCGGCCACGUUCAGAAGAUCAAGCCUCGUGUCGAGCGUGUUUGUCAGGAAUUUGGCCUCGAUUAUGCCACCGAGGAGAACGAAGGACGCAUCUACGUUGAUCUGACGGGAGGGAGAGUCAGCGCGCCACCGCCGCUGCCGGCCCAGCCCAGCGGCAACUUGGGAGGUUACGGUGGUGGUGGUGGGGGUCAUUAUCAGCAGCACCAUGGCCAGAACAACAGCCAUCAUCAGCAGCAUGAGCAACAUCACCAACAACAGCACCAACCUCACCACGAGACCCCUUAUCAACCACAGCAUCAGCACCAGCAACAGCACCAGCAGCAGCAUCACCAACCACCCCAGCAACAACAGCAGCAGGAGGACGAUCUUUUCAGCUGCAUCAAGGGCUGCUGUGUGCUUAUGUAA